ACAAUGAUUCCACUUGUCCUGCUCUGUGGUUGUAUUUGAUCACUGUAUAAGAGAUCAUAGAAAUGGCAUAAUCUAAAGUAGUGAGAUUUUUCAAGCCAUGUAGUUUAGUGACUUGUGAAAUGGGCUAAGGAAUCUAAUUUCAAAUGGGUAAAAAGAAAAAAAUAACCCAUUUUGCUUUAAUUUUCUAUGUCAGUGUUUUAAAGGUAAAUCAGAAUCAUCCAAAUUUUUUAUUCGAAAGAAAGUUAAAAAUAAUAUGGAAAGACUGCUGGAUACCGAAGAUGAACUUAGUGACAUUCAGACUGACUCAGUCCCAUCAGAAGUUCGGGACUGGUUGGCUUCUACCUUUACACGAAAAAUGGGGAUGACAAAAAAGAAACCUGAGGAAAAACCAAAAUUUCGGAGCAUUGUACAUGCUGUUCAGGCUGGAAUUUUUGUAGAAAGGAUGUACAGAAAAACAUAUCACAUGGUUGGUUUGGCAUAUCCAGCAGCUGUUAUAGUAACAUUAAAGGAUGUUGAUAAAUGGUCUUUUGAUGUGUUUGCCCUAAAUGAAGCAAGUGGAGAGCAUAGUCUGAAGUUUAUGAUUUAUGAACUAUUUACCCGAUAUGAUCUUAUCAACCGUUUCAAGAUUCCUGUUUCUUGCCUAAUUGCCUUUGCAGAAGCUUUAGAAGUUGGUUAUAGCAAGUACAAAAAUCCAUAUCAUAAUUUGAUUCAUGCAGCUGAUGUCACUCAAACUGUGCAUUACAUAAUGCUUCAUACAGGUAUCAUGCACUGGCUUACUGAACUGGAAAUUUUAGCAAUGGUUUUUGCUGCUGCCAUUCAUGAUUAUGAGCAUACAGGGACUACAAACAACUUUCACAUUCAGACAAAGUCAGAUGUUGCCAUUUUGUAUAAUGAUCGUUCUGUCCUUGAGAAUCACCAUGUGAGUGCAGCUUAUCGACUUAUGCAAGAAGAGGAAAUGAAUAUCUUGGUAAAUGUAUCCAAAGAUGAUUGGAGGGACCUUCGGAACCUAGUGAUUGAAAUGGUUUUAUCUACAGACAUGUCAGGUCACUUCCAGCAAAUUAAAAACAUAAGAAACAGUUUGCAGCAGCCUGAAGGGAUUGACAGAGCCAAAACCAUGUCCCUGAUUCUUCACGCAGCAGAUAUCAGUCACCCAGCCAAAUCCUGGAAGCUGCACUACCGGUGGACCAUGGCUCUGAUGGAGGAGUUUUUCCUACAG